AUGCACAAGCAAGAAAAUAGUAUUUUGAACCACCUCUUCCCUCCAAAGGCUGUAUCUAAACCUGAUCCAGAGACCGGCUACUUCAAUCCGUGGCCGAACUUCAAGUAUACCGGCACGCUGCGACCGGUCUACCCGCUCUCCCCGAGACGUCCCGUGCCCGACCACAUCCCCCGUCCUGAUUACGCCGAGGAUGGUAUCCCUAAGGCCGGCAGAUCGCUUGUCCGGUCAAACAAGAUCGAGAUCCUCGACGCCAAGUCGAUAGAAGGCAUGCGGAAGGUGUGCCGGUUGGCCAGAGAAGUUCUGGACAUUGCGGCUGCCGCCCUGCGUCCCGGUAUUACGACCGACGAGAUCGAUGAGAUUGUACAUAACGCUUGCAUCGAGCGCAAUGCGUAUCCUUCCCCUCUGAACUACAACGGCUUCCCCAAGUCAGUAUGUACAUCAGUCAACGAGGUCAUUUGCCAUGGAAUUCCUGACAAGCGCGUCCUCCUGGACGGCGACAUCGUCAACCUUGACGUCACUCUCUACCAUGAGGGUUUCCAUGGUGACUUGAACGAGACAUACUACGUGGGCGACCGGGCCAAGGCCGAUCCCGACUCUGUCCGUGUCGUGGAGACGGCGCGCGAGUGCCUGGAGAAAGCCAUCCAGCUGGUUAAGCCAGGGACUCUGUUCCGCGAGUUUGGCAACGUCAUCGAGGAGCACGCAAAGUCCCGUGGCUGCAGUGUUAUCCGUACGUACGUUGGACAUGGCAUCAAUCGCAUUUUCCAUUGUCCGCCAAAUAUCCCUCACUACGCCAAAAACAAGGCUGUUGGCGAGUGCAAGCCUGGCAUGACAUUCACCAUUGAGCCUAUGAUUGCUUUGGGCAAGUACAGAGAUGUCACCUGGCCCGAUAACUGGACUGCGGUGACGAUUGACGGCAAGCGUACUGCUCAGUUUGAGCACACUCUCCUGGUGACUGAGACUGGUGUUGAGGUGCUGACUGCCCGAACACCGAACUCUCCCGGCGGGCCCGUUCCUAUGCCCCCCGCGGGUGACUCUGCGGCUUCGGAUGGAAAGAACUAG